GUGUCAGCAAUUUUACUUUUAUUGUGAACCGUGUUCUUGUAGUCUUCUUUCCUUGCUUGGAGCAAAGCCAGGUCGCAGAACUCAGGCUCCCUCGAAACUCAUGCGCAUGCAAUAGCUUAUCCAUUAUAAGAACCAGCAGGCCUAGACAUGUCGAGCACAGCCAGCCCUUUCACGGGCUGUGGGCGCGAAGCCGGGGUGAAAGUCUGGCGUGUGAAGGACUUCAACCUGGUGGAGGAGAAGGAUGUUGGCUCCUUUUAUUCUGGCGAUUGCUACCUUAUCCUUGACACCUUCAAAACCGAAAGCGGUCUGCGGCAUCACGUUCAUUUCUGGCUUGGCAAGGACACCACCGCGGAUGAGUCGGGGAGCGUUGCCAUCUUUGCAGCGCAGCUGGACGACUCGCUGGGCGGCGGCCCGGUGCAGUUCCGACAAGUCCAGGGCUCCGAGUCGCCCGAGUUCCAGCGCCUGUUCCCGCGCCAGCGCUACCUGGCGGGCGGCUACGCCAGCGGCUUCCGGGAUGCGGGCGCCGGCCGCGGCGAGGGCCCUGUGAGGCUGUACCAGGUCAAGUCGCCCAACAAGAACUGCGUGCAGAUGUUCGAGGUGCCGCUGAAGCUGAGCUCGCUCAACCACGGCGACUGCUUCCUGCUGGAGGACGUAGGCGCGCGACUGCUGUGGGUGUGGCGCGGCCGAGGCUCCAACAUCCGCGAGAAGGCCCGCGCGCUGGAGGCGGCCGCCGUGUUCAAGGAGGGCACCAGCAUGAAGACGUACACGCUGGAUGACGUGCCCGAUGACGACAAGUACACGGGCGGUGACGUGGCGCCCUUCUUCAGCCGCCUGGGCUGCGCCACCGUGCCGUCGCCGUCAGAGGUGAAGGACGCGGAGCCGGAUGCGCCCGCGGCGACCACGGCGGCCACGGCGACCACGGCGGCCGUGGCCAAGCUGUACAAGGUGUCGGGCGGCGGCAAGUCCUUUGAGCCGGUGUCGGCCGACGACGCGGCGCCCAGCCACUCGCAGCUGGCUCCCGGCGGGCAGUUCGUGCUGAACGCGGGCGGCUGCAUCUGGGUGUGGACCGGACCCGACUGCGACAAGGCCGAGCCGCCGCUCAAGGUGGGUGGCCAGUUCGCCGCGGCCCAGGGCCUGCCCGUGUCCAGCCUGGUCAAGGCCGUCAAGGCGCGCUUCGAGCCAGGCGUGUUCACAGCGCACUUCCCAGACUGGCAGGCGGACGACGCCGGCGGCCGGGCGCGCGCGGACAGCUACGGCACCGUCUACGGCGGCCCGGGCAAGGGCACGGACGAGCAGCCCUACAACGUGGAUGAGGCAGUGGCAGCCAUGGUGGCGGCUGCGGCGGCGGCGGCGGACGGCGGCGAGGGCGGCGCCAAGGCCAACGGUCUGGAGGCGGCCUUCAACAACCUGACCAGCAGCAAGUUCCAGGUGUGGGCCCAGAUCGGCAACUCCAGCCUGGAGCUGCCGCGGCAGGAGGUGGGCCAGUUCUGCGACGGCGCCUCCUACGUGGUGCUGCAUACCUACUCCACCAGCAAGGACCCCACCGACCUGCGCUACGCGGUCUACUGCUGGCAGGGCCGCCACUGCGGCAACCUGGAGCAGGGCCGAGCCGCACUCAAGGCUGCCGACCUGCACAAGGCCACUUACGCGGGCAAGUCCACUCUGGUGCGGGUGGAGCAGAACCUGGAGCCCGGCCACUUCAUCCGCCUGUUCAAGGGCGGCAUGCUGGUGCGCAAGGGCCCCCGCCCCAGCAACAUGGCUCCGGGCCGCUCGCCGCCCGGGGUGCACCUGUACCAGGUCAAGGGCGAGGCGGCGGCGGCGGCGCACGCGGUGGAGGUGGACGCGGUAGCCGCCAGCCUCAGCAGCAGCGACUGCUUCGUGCUGGAGCGCGCCGCCGCCGUGGGCGCGCAGGCGCAGGAGCCGGUGAUGCUGUGGCUGGGCCGCGGCAGCAGCGCCGCCGAGCAGGAGGCGGCGGUGGCGGUGGCGGCGGCGCUGUCGGUCGGCGGCGCGGCGGUGGAGCGGGUCGAGGAGGGCAAGGAGCCGGCGGCCUUCUGGGAGGCGCUGGGCGGCAAAGCCGACUACGCCAAGGAGAGCACGCGCGGCGGCGGCGGCGGCGCGCCCAAGCUGUUCCACUUGCGCGACUGCGCGGGCCGCGGGCUCAAGGUGGAGAUGUACAGCUCGUUCAGCCAGGACACGCUGUGCAACGAUGACGUGAUGCUGCUGGAUGUGGGGACAGAGAUGUUUGUGUGGUACGGCUCCAGCUGCAAGCCCAUGGAGCGGCCACGUGCGCGCGACGUGGCGGCCCGCUACCUGGCGGCCACGGGGCGCACCGGCAAGGCCAUCACCGUGGAGGUGGAGUCGGGGCAGGAGCCGCCUUUCUUCACCUGCAACUUCGUGGGCUGGGACAGCGCGGCCGUGACGUCCAUUCCGGACGUGUACGCCGACAAGGUGCGGGCCAUGUCGCUGGGCGCCGCCGCAGACAACGGCGCAGCCGCCACCAGCAGCAAGUAGGCGCACGUGCUGGAGCGGCUGCUGGAGUUAGUGGCUGCUGGAGCCGUGCCCAGCACACGGCAGGGCCCAGUAAAAGGGUGGCGGUGCGGGUACCAGGCAGAGGCGGCUCCGAUGGUUGACGGGAUCCGGGUAUGUUUGUUUCGGGGUGGGCGCAUAAGGGUUUGGCGGCGCGAACUUAUAGGCGUGACUACUGCGGACGGCGGACGAAGCAGCGGCGUGCGUGUGACGGGAUGGGCAUGAUCGUGAGGACGGAGCGUCGGGCAUAGGUGCAGGUUGGCCCCACGCUUCUGCUGGGUGAGUGUCUGAGGCUGCGUGCAAGUAUGCGUGCAGACGUGCAGGCGGGGGUAUCUGUGGUCUUGUGUAUGAGCGGCGUUUGCCUGCUGUGGAGGCAAGUGCUGAGCACAUCGGAGCUAGGGCGCGUCCGAGGGUGCGCGUUUGAUCUGUUCUCCACAGUGCUGCAGUCGGACUACCGCAUUCGAUCGGACUCCUUUGGGGCGGGCAAUUCUGCUGGCUUCAGGCUUGGAUAGCUCGGAUGCGUACGAUAUACAUUGAAAUAUAUUGCCUAUCUGGUGCGGGGAAGGUUCCGGUCAGAAUGUGUGGCAUGACUUUUGAGGAUAAGCGCA